ACGUAGGAGUAAUUUCUCAGAAGCAGACCUAUUUACGUUCAGCCAUGUAUCACGUGACUUUCUUUACCGAAACAUCUCGACUCUGUUCACUGCACUGCACUAAGGGCUCCCAGCUAAACAGGAGAAAGAAAUAUGUAUAUUGAACUGGAACUAAUGACUUUAUUCGUCUGUCUAUCACUUGAAGCUGACACAUUAGGAAUGGAGCUACAAUGUCCUGCUUUGUUUCAAGAUGGGGAAAAUAUUAUUACUUGCAAAAUUAACAAGACAGCAGAGUGUUUAUCUCUGAACGGAACAGUGACAUUUGAGCUGAGUUUGAACUCUGAGAAAAGAGUCGCAUGCCACUCACCCUAUGACCCAGGAGUACAGUGCAUCCCACGCCAACAACACAGUCCUGGAAGCUGCUGGUGUGAAGAAUCAUCAGGAGACAUCGUCACCUACAAGUUCUCCUACAUGGCGAGCACCACUCACGAUAGGGGCAGACAACUUGAGUGCAGUUUUCGUGUUUGUCCGCAGAAGCCUCCAGAUGUUAACAUUAGCGAAGGAUGCACUAACAUUAGAUUCAAUAGUCUUAAGGAAUCACUACCCAGAAGUGUUAUACUGAGGAUAGGUGAGACAACUGAGGUCGUACUGACGGCGGUGAUUAUCGUUAUUGUUGUCACUCUCCUGAUUGUCAUGUUGUCAAAACAGUUUAGUCUAUGUUUUUUCAAUAGGAAACGGCAUGGAGAUUCUAACCCUCUACUUCCAACAUAUCAAGACAAAGACUGCUCAUGAAGUUUUAAAGAAAUGAAUGAGACGAAAAAUGUUACAACAGAUAUUAAUAUUUAAACCAUCCACUUGCUGUGUUGACCACUGCAAAAACAGUUGUGUGGUUUACUUUCGUAGAAAAUGUUUUGAUCUCACUCAGAUACAAUGCCUUGGUAUCAGAUUCUGGAUUUAGUAGUUCACUCCACCAGUGUGAAUGUAUUAUGUGGAGAGAACCUCCUGUGUAGCCACUUUGUUACAAUUAAGCUACCCAUCCAAAUAAAAAUGGGUUGCCUGUGUGCAAAA